ACAAAGGACAGGCAUGAGGACAGUAAUAUCUGUCGUUGCACGUGUGCUGCAAAGCAAACAACUGCAACAAGCCAUGAAUGAAACAUACGUUCUAUCUAAUCCAUGACAGACUCUCCAGGUGUACUGAAGUAAAGAUUUCUCAAUGAAGGCCUGUUUGUGUUUUCAGAAUCCAGUGAGUGAUCUUGCGCUUUUACCUGAGUUAACCUGCAACACAUUGCUGCUAUGUCAAUGUGCCAAUCUGUCAGGCUUUGUUGUUGACCCAUUGACGCAAACAUAGGCCAGCCUCACUGUAUUUAAGCCGGCUUUCCUCAACUGCAAGGAGAGAUAUUGACGUUGAACAAGAAGUCAUUUACAAACACUAGAGCCCACAAGAACCUGACUUUUGGAAAAAAUCUGACAGAGACGUUGUACGGGAUGAGCUCAGGAAAUAGCUGCGACAGUCUCAGCGACUCAUCCAUAGGCCCGAUAAGAGUGGUAGGACCAACAACACCCAGAAGAGGACCACCUAAAUUCAAACAGAGAAUGCCAAGACAAUUCAAAAGCAAACCUCCCAAGAAGGGAGUCAAAGGAUUUGGAGAUGAGAUCCCAGGAAUGGACGGUCUUGGCACUGACAUCACCGUGGUGUGUCCGUGGGAAGCCUUUAGCCAACUGGAGUUGCACGAACUCGCCCAGUAUGGUAUUAUUUGAAACGGACGACAGGAAGAUGUGCCACCUGGACUUGUUUAGUGGAUUAGACUAGCUCCACCUCUGGAUCCCCAAAUGAGGGAUGCUGCAAACUGACACUUGCGCCAUUGCCUUGAUACUCUGCUGCAAACAGUUGAGUUGUAUAGAUGCCAACCCACCAGCCUAUGAAUGAACAACACAUAUAGGCCUAAUGUAGUGAUUAUUGAGAUGCAGGAGAUAUAGGAUGAUAUAAAGUUGUAGAAUGUGGAACAAUGUGGGAUUUGAUUUAUCUGUUUGGGUUAUUUUCUACAGCACAUAACCAA